AUGCUACUGCUGGCUGGUGGGCUGUUGCUGCUGCAGCUGCUCCCAGUGUCAGGUGCUGUCCACCCAGCGGACCCCGAUGGGGCUGGCGAGCACCACGUCCUCUCUAUUGCCGAUUUCCACCCGCUGGGGGCCGGGUCUAGUAAUUAUAAGCUCAACCGAAAGCUGAUGAGCGAUUUCAGCGGUAAGGACGAUGGUGGGAAGCAUGACAAUGGCUGGCCCGAUGGAGAGCAUGGAAAGUACGAUGGCGAGUGGGAGUUUAAGUGGGACGACAAGGACAAAGUCAAUUGCAAGUGGGACGAAAAGUGGGAGGACAAGGACAAGAACGACAGCAAGUGGGACGGCAAGUGGGACGGCAAGGACAAGAACGACAGCAAGUGGGACGACAAUUGGGACGACAAGGACAAGAACGACAGCAAGUGGGACGACAAUUGGGACGACAAGGACAAGAACGACGGCAAGUGGGACGACAAUUGGGACGACAAGGACAAGAACGACGGCAAGUGGGACGACAAUUGGGACGACAAUGACAAGAACGACGGCAAGUGGGACGGCAAGUGGGACGACAAGGACAAGAACGACGGCAAAUGGGACGACAAUUGGGACGACAAGGACAAGAACGACAGCAAUGACAAGAACGACGGCAAGUGGGACGGCAAGUGGGACGACAAUGACAAGAACGACGGCAAGUGGGACGACAAGUGGGACGACAAUGACAAGAACGACGGCAAGUGGGACGACAAGUGGGACGACAAUGACAAGAACGACGGCAAGUGGGACGACAAGUGGGACGACAAUGACAAGAACGACGGCAAGUGGGACGACAAGUAA